GUUGAUCCAUUGAGCAAAGAUCCGUUGAACAUUGGUUGAACAUGCUGAAAUUUUUUCAACUUUGACUUGACUUUGCUCAAUAUUUGAAUGUUUGAACAUUCUUGCGCAUCAGCUGCGCACGCACCAUCACUCAUGCGAUGACGUCGAUAUGCAGUGGACCAAUUAUGAUAUAUAUUGGGACAUUCCAUCCAUACUCGGUUCACCUCAGCUUUCUUCUUCCCUUCCAUCAUCUCGUCCUCCUCUCAGCAAAAUCUCGCUGUUGACCUCAACCAUCCUGGUACCGUCUGAUGCAUGAUUUUCUCGCUUAGCCACUGCACUAACAAGUCGACCGUAGUCAUCCAAGUAAGUGCUAUUUACGGCGCAUAUAUGCACACAUUUCGAACAUUCUCACUACCGUUGUCCCGAUUAUCGACACGUCCAGCGGCUUCAACAGAUACACCGUUACAAGACAGUCGAUUGAAACACGAGAAUGAGGCAGUUGUCAUUUUAAGGACUCCCAUGUACCAGAAGCUGGUGGGCUACGUCAUCCUGACGCACGGGUGGGGGUGCCAGUGGUAUAUAGAGUACACUUUUAUUGCAUUUGUAAUUUUUUCGCAAUACAAUUGUUUUUGGUCGAUUUGGGUUGAUGUGCGAAUAUGCAAAAGGUCAAUUGGGAGCUACUACAAUAUACUAGAAUCUACGCUACGCAAACACGCUCGAUUCUGCAAUAUCUCGCUCGAUGCGAGUCGCUGA